GGUGCCCGUUUGUUUCCGUAAUUCGCCCGAGACGAGGCGUCCGACGUUCGCCUCGGAGCUCUCUUGUUUGUUUAUUUUUUUGUUUUUUUUUUUACAUUUUUUUAUCCCAGUCGUAAAAAAAAAAAAAGUUUAAAACAUUAAUUAUUAUUUCAAACAAAAAAAAAAUCGACAAAAAAAAAAAGUCAAACAUUUCAAAAACCGUUCGGUCGCCAUACAGGAAACAGGAAUAAAUAUUGGACUGUUGUUGUAUACCGUGUGAUAUAUAAUAUUAUUAAUAUUCACCACUGCAGAAACCGUAAGCUAUAUUAUAAUAAUAUUUUACGUUAUUGUCAAUUUAUCGCUGGCGCUGUGGUGAGCGUCUUAAAAACGGCCGUACUUGAAGAAGUAUAGGUAAGUCGGCCGGGGUGUGUAUAUCAGCUAUAUAUUAUACACGUAUAUGUGAAGACUACGUAGACGUCCAACACCCACCUAAACAUACCGCGAUGUAAUGAAGACUGUGAAACGAAAAGCGUCAUUAUAACAUUAAACGUGGUUCGGUGGCGAGCCGGGCUGGGGCCAUGGACAGGGCCGACCGUCUAGCCCGGAGCUUGGAAUUGGAGAAGGCCUACGUGCACGACACUUACCAAGAGAUGUACCAGCCCGCACAUAAGACCAAACCGUGGCCGAAGGUGACGCAGUUCCUGCACGACUUGGAGCCCGGAUCACUCGUGUGUGACAUCGGUUGUGGUACAGGAAAAUAUUUAUCAACCAACCCGCAUGUGUUCAAAGUAGGCGUUGACCGUUGCCUGAGGUUAACUGAAAUAGCUAGAAGUCGAGACAGUGAAGUAUUGGUGUGUGACAAUCUAACCUUACCAUUCAAAGACUGUAGUUUAGAUGCUGUAUUAUCUAUAGCUGUUAUUCAUCAUUUUUCGACAACAGAAAGACGUGUGUGUGCCUUACGAGAACUAGCCAGGGUACUUAGAAUUGGUGGUCGUAUAAUAAUUACAGUGUGGGCCAUGGAACGACGCCAUAGAAAAUUUCAAUCUCAAGACGUACUAAUGCCCUGGCACAAGCCCUGUAGAAAUUUAGAAAGUGAAUCAACAGAAUUUUCUACAACCACAACCACGUCUGACGAGGAAUAUAUUAGCACAAGAAAAAAAUCUAAUUCUGAUUCAACAACGAGUACCAAAAUGUGUUGUGAAAGAAAAACUAAGCGUAAGGAACAAUCAAAUUGGAGAAAAGGAAUAAAGAGCUCCCCGAGUAGUUCUAGUUUAUCGAGUCCAGGAACUGAAACUUGUUAUAGCUUUGUUCGGAAAGCAAUACAGAAGCUUGCCGGUUCAACCAAGCGAGGUAAAGUAUCAUCAAAACCUUGGUUUGUUGCUUCCUGGACAUCACUUGAGUUGCCGUCAGUAUUACGUUCUGAUCCCGAAGGGUGUGAGACUUGCAACGAAGAUGUACUAAAUGUUCCUAUAGAACUUAGACGAAUGGAAGAUUCACCAGACUCUAUACCUCUAUUCAAUCGAACACCUACACACAAAUCUAAGAGUUUAACUGAUAUCAAAAAAACUGCGGAAAAACGGAUGGUACGAUCGAGGUCAAGUAUACCAGAAUUGGAAAAAUCGAUGCCACUAACUCAUUCAAAACCUAAAUUAGUGAAACAAAAACAAUCACUAUGUGACGAGGAUGCAGAAGAAGAUAGAGAUAAAGCUACUGACAUGAAAGAUUUGGUUAAUAAAUUACCUCAAUUCGAUGUAGGCAGUGGUUCAAAAAGAUACAGAUAUAAAAGUAAUGAAAUAAAACAAAGAUCGAUGAAUGAAGAACUUAUGUCUAUAGAAAGGCUUAAGGAAAAGGAAAUCGUUCAAAAAAACAUUCAGAGGCAAGCAUCGUUAAAUGAAGAGCUUAUGUAUAGCACACGUACGUUGGAAUCCAUUAAAGAUACACUACAAUUGCUCAAAACUGGAUUCACGAAAACGUUUAAAAAUCCAUCCAGUCAGGUAUCUGAUAACAUUAAAAGUGGACUUAGUAGAAUGCUAGGGUAUAAGGAAGGUUGUGAAGAAAAGGUUAGUGAUGAAAAAAAAAUAGAAAUGCCCGUUCCCGCAUUGGUGACAACAACGUGUUGUGACGGACGUAGAAGUUCCCGUGAAGAUGGUUCUUCUGAAGAUUCGUCAAAAGACAGUUUACAGAGUGAUGCUAGUGUUGAUUCGGAAGACAGUCUGAGUAGUUUAGCGUCUGUUAUAUUUGUGAAUGCGACCGGUGGGUCUGAUAAGACAUGUUCACCACCAUUAGUCGAACAGCAAGCACGAACAGCUCCGUGCACACCCACUGCUAAAUCUCAAAGUCAAUACAGGUCGUCUUCACAUCCUAAUACGCCAAAAACAGCGCCUAUUCAUCCAUCACAUUUUAGAUUACCAACUAGGUUCAACUCACAAAAUGGAAAUGAACCGUAUCAGUUAAAUUUAUCAACAGAACAACAAGUCGAUGAUGUUUUAAAACCCAUCAAAUUAUCACCUGUAAAAACAGCAAUAGAAAUGAAGCUCAGAAGAGAGCAAGAAAAAGAUCAAGAAUUAGAACGUAGAGAUCAUGUUUGUGAAGGUGGAGAUCAUAAUGCACGGCCUAAAGAAAGAAUUAGUGCAGAGAAGCUUAAACAAAUUCAAGAUCUUCUUUUAAACACUAAACCAGUAACUGGACGUCAUCGUCUACCAAAAGCUGAUCGAACGUUUUCUGGUUUACGAGGAAGACAUUUUAUUAAAACAGUCGAAGAAACAUUUCAUCCAGAAAUAGACGAUAUAGAUAGUGAUGCAGAAUCAUCGUCCUCUGAUUCUGUUAGCAGUGUUAUUAGUGUAGUGGUGGAAGAUGAACGAAAAAUUACAGAUAUCGAGUUUGACGAAUCUUUUGACGUAGAAACACCAGCAAAACCCGAGGAUGAAAUAUCGACGGAACAUGGUAAUUUAGAACAAAUCUGUUCUUCAGAUUCUGCCGUAAUUAAAAAAGAUUCUAACCCUAAAGAAUAUCCCAGUCCUAAAGAAUAUCCUAGUCCUAAAGAAUAUCCCAGUCCUAAAGAAGAUCCCAGCCCUACAGAAUAUCCCAGCCCUAAAGAAGAUCCUAGCCCUAUAGAAGAUCCAAGCCCGAAAGAAGAUUCCAACCCAAAAGAAGAUCCCAGCCGAAAAGAAGAUCGCAGUCUAAAAGAAGAUCCUAGCCUAAGUGAAGAGCAUAACCCUAAAGAAGAUCAACCAAAUCAUACUAACCGAUGGAGUCUACAAGAACACCCGAACAAAGGGACGACAGUUCGAAACAGUCCAAGUCUCGGUUCAAUACCAAAACACAAGAGGGCCAGUAAGUGUUCUAAAGAUGAGCUUUCAGAUUUGCCAGAAACGUGGGAUGAGGAAUGUCAAAAGCAUCUCGUGGACUUCGCUGAAAGAUUAAAUAAAGAACUGCGGGCCGCAAUAGGCAUGGAGCCGGUAGAAGAUCCAAAGAAGGCACGUGACGACGUAGUAGACACGCCGGAAAAGGUAGAGUUGAUGCAAUAUUUGCACCAGCUGAUGCGACCGGACGAAAUAUUAUCGGACCCGUCAUCUUCCGACGGACAGCUGGAGGACGAACCGCUCGACUACCAUCGGAUCGAGAUACUGGCCGGGUCUGAAGCGCCCCGCCGGCCCAGCAUUUCCGUCGAAACACAAGACUCUGUGGACAAGGUACUACGUAGCCGGGAGGGGUUCCGGUCACGGCUCUACCGCAAGUCCGUAGACUCAGCAGAAGACCGGCAUGCGUCCCUGGAGCUGGAGUGUGACUCGAGGCGCGACACGGUUUCCAGCAGCCAGGUAUCGCUGCUCCGACCAGGUAACUCACUUGAAUCCAACGACACGGCGGACACGCACACCACCACACAGAGCACGACUUCCCUGACAUCGUGGAGUGACUGCAGCAAAGACACGAGGUUCGCGGACCGUAGACAGGCUCGGUGCGAUGGCCGUUCGUCGUCGGAGGAGACAGACCCUAGGCGGGCCGCUGUCCUGGUCCGCCAGCACGCUGCCGUUGAAACCCAAGAAACGUCCAAGAGUGACGACACGUGUAGCUUAUCCACCUCGCAAGAAUCGCUGUCCGAGCACGGUGGUGGGUCUAUAACAUUCCACAGGUACUACCACGUGUUCAGGGAGGGCGAACUCGACCAGCUGAUCGAGAAACACGCCGAUAAUUUGCACAUUAUUUCUUCGUAUUACGACCAAUCAAACUGGUGCGUUAUUGCCGAAAAGGUACAGGUGUGGACUAUUUAGUGAUGCGGUAAAGUGAUGCUUUUAAAAAAAAUUAAUAUUUUAAGACUGGUUUUUAAAGUAAUUUUAAAACCAUGUAGGUUUUUAUUCAAACCCAUUUGGUUUUAGGACAUGUGAGUCCAUUAAUAAUCCUUCAAUAUUGUUGUAGAUUUGUGUAAAUUACUACUAGUAAUACAACUAGUACUUUUAUUAUAUUCGAAUGACGGAUAUACGGAUGUACAUUUUUCAUUUGAUGUUGUGGUGUUUUUCCUAGCUCAUUGUUUACAUAUAAUAUUUUAUAAUUAUUCAUUUUCAACAUCCAACUAUAAUAUCCCUAUAACUACAUUACAUAAGCUACUUAACUUCAUAUAAAUAAAUAUUAUUACGUCUAGUUUCCACAUUAAAAAUUUAAUAUACGUUGUACAAAUAAAUUGCUUAUUCGAGACUUUAUUGCGGAUAAAUAUUAAAGAAAUUUUUCGAUGCCACUAUUGUUUAAUUAAGUAUUGGUAGUUCUGUAGGCACUUGACCAUUUCGAGGGGAUAUGAGGACAUGAAUCCCUCUCCGCCAAUCGUUUAUGCGUCAUGACACUUAUUGUAACAUUAUAUUAUUAUUAUUUUUUUUUUAUUUUUUUAUUUAUUACCUAAUCAUAAGUUUUUGAGUUUGUUGUUUAUUAUGGCACCUUCUUAAAUUAGUCGAUAUUCCGAUACUACAGUUAAUUCUUAGUUACCGACGUAUAUGCAAUGAUAUUAAAGUUUUUGUCUUUUUACUAAAAUACAAUCUAAUAUUAUGAGACAUAUGUAGUUUGUAUAAUAUCUAAUUAGUAUAGGUAUAGACAAACAUUAAACAAUUUACUUUGUAGCUAUUAUAAUUUAUUACCACUUGUUUACCAUUAAUUAAUUGGAAAAAUUUGAAAUUAAAAUAAGUGCCUGUUUUAAAUUUGUCUCAAUUUUAAAAUACAUAAUCAAGUCACUGCACAUAAAUAUGAAAUAAUAAUGCUAAUGUUAUUCAAAAAUAUAAAUUAUAUUACAAUACCUAAUAAUCAUAAGAUCAUAUCAUAAACAAAAUUAUGACAUAAAACAAAAUAAUACAAAUGAAACAUUGGUACUGAACAUAACAUAUUAAAUCUAUCAAACUAAUAAAAGUGUUAAUUUUAAAUCAAAAUAAUUCAAAAUAAUUAAAAAAAAAUAAGCUUAAUUAAUUAUAAUGUUUUAUUUUUUCAUCUAAUCGUCAAAAUAAGUUAACUGUGUACAAGCAAUUUUCAAAAUGUUUGUGUACCUGCCUAAUGUAUUAUAUUAGGUGUCUAAAUGUGUCAUACUUAUUAUAAUUUAAUUUAAAAUAAAAUAUAAACUAAACAUUACAAACACCAUAUUUUUAAAAUUAAAUACGCCAGCACUUUCUAUGAAAUUAAUUUCUUAUAACAAUCAACAUUGUAUACACAUACAAAUAAAUUUAAUUAGGUACUUAAUUAAUAUUGUCAAAGUUUAAUUGCACUUAUUAAACACUAAAAAUGAAUUAAUUAUUUAUAAUUUAAUUCUUUGACAAACGACUGAGAACAACGGUGUUAUUAAUUUAUUGUUAUUAUCGUUAUAUUUUUAUUGUCAAUAAAACGGCCUAAAUCAUAUUAAUAAUAAUCGCAAUCUACAAUAUGUUAAACAUUUUAAUAAUCAUUUUAAUUUGAUAUCUGUCUUCCAGCUAUAUAAAUAUUAAUUUUAUUCUUAUAGUGACAGUCAUUACCUAAAUAGUAAAUGUUGACGUACAAAAAAAUAUGCAAGACAAAUUUGAUCGUUUUAAAUAUUUUGUGCCUAUAAUAUAGUUUGAGUGAUGUUAUUGUGAAUUGAAUACCGGCUCUUUAAUUCAGACUUAUACUGCCAUUAAUUUAUAGUUGUUACUAGGUGUAAGAUAUAAAUAUAUACUAUGACUAAUAAUUAUUACGAUAUUAUAAUUAAAUAUAAAUAUAUAAAUAUAAGAUUAUAGGUAUAGUAGAUACAGGAUGUAUUAGGCAUUCAAGAAAAAUAAAACAACAAUUAUUUACUUAGUUAAAUGUAUAGUUUAAACAUUGUACUUGAAUUAUUACAUGUUAAGAGUACAUGGUAUAAAUGUUUGAAUUUUUUUCGAACAUAAUCUUAUUCUCAAAACAUUUCUUUAUUAAUUGUUUAUCUACUGUGAUUAUGACUUAGGAUUAUUAAUUUAAUAAUUAAUUUAUUAUUAUUAUUAUUAUUAUUAUUAAUAUUAAUAUCUAUAUGUGAACGAAUUUAUACCUUUGGACUGCAUUUUAACUUUAAAUCUAUUG